AUGGCUGCUUCUUCAUCUUCCUCCAUGCCUGGUCUGGGACAAGGCGGAGAGCUUGAGAAUCAGCAGAGUCCGCUACUUCAGCAUUCCUCUGGAGAAGGAGCUAGUGCUGAUGUGGCUUCUCUUGUGACUGCAGAUGCUUCUUCUCCAAGAAGCAACCGAAACCGUCAUCCAAAUCCUGAUGCGGUGGUGGUUGCACUGUCUCCUGAAUAUCUCACGGCCAAGAACCGUUUUAUCUGUGAGCUGUGUGACAAGGGAUUCCCCAGGGAGCAGAAUUUGCAACUCCACAGGAGGGGGCACAAUCUGCCCUGGAAGCUAAAGAAAAAGACGGAUCAGGAGGCCGUGCAGAAGAAGGUGUACAUCUGCCCAGAAAUUGGUUGUGCCCACCAUGAUCCAGCAAGGGCUCUUGGAGACCUGACUGGCAUAAAGAAGCAUUUUGCUCGAAAACAUGGUGAGAAAAACUUCAGCUGCACCAGGUGUCACAAGAGGCGUGAUAAUUUUAUCACCCACCGCUCCUUCUGUGAUGUUCUUGCUGAAGAGCUGGCUAGGCACACCAUAAACCCCUCACCCUUGAGCAUUGCUGCUUCUGUCGUUCUUGCAAAUGCUGCUAACCCUGCCCCUGUUAGUCAGGGAUCGGCUGAAGGUUUAUUGUUCCAAGCCAACCAUCAGCAAUUCGCGUCUCUUGUGCCGGUUGGAUCUGCUUUCCAGCCCCUGCCCCCAAAUUUCUCUGUUGGUCCAUUUCCGGGGACAAAGCUAGGCUUUCCCAUAGCCUCUGAUGCUUCUGGGAUUCAUGGCAUUCCAGCCUACCCAGCCCCAACCAACAUGUUUAGUGCUGGUUUCAAUGGGGGUGCUCAGAACGACAUGGAUUUCAACAUCCACAACUCAUUCAGUGGUAUGUUGAUGAAUGUGGAGACUUCUGCUUAUAAUGUUCUGAACAGUGCCCCAUUUCCUCAAGCUCCCUCCCCUGCGUAUCUUCACAAGGGCGCACCCCUUUCUGGUGCAAUGAAGUUUGAAAACUACGAGGGAGGUAUGGGAGCUGGAAUGCAUGAUGGUUGGGCAGGAGGUAGCAACGGCUUUCAGGAUAUGUACAACGUCAAUCCGAAUGUUGGUGGGGGAUACUUAAGUGAUCAGGUGAAUGGUCCUUAUGGUGGAAUGAUGAUGAGUGAUGUGAUGAUGAACUCUGAUGGGAUGUUUGUUGGUGAGUCGAGUAAGAAUGCUGUGGUGCAAGUGCAACCACAAAUGAGUACUGUUCAAACUGAGUAUUGUGAUAAACAUACCAGGGAUUUUCUGGGUAUGGGAAACCUGAUGGACAGCUUGCCUGGAACUGGAAUGGAGAAUGAUGGCUUUGGAUAUGGAACUGGAACUGCGACGAAUUCGCCAGACAGUGAAGCCACCAUAUCAGCUGAGGCAGGGCCUUUUGUUCCCGGCCACCCAGCUUUCUAA